AUAUUUUCCGUUGGGUUGAAGUGAUAGUCGAUUCUUUUUGUCUGUGGACAACAAAAUGGCUACCUUCAGUUGUGUGAUUAAUGUUGGGCUACAUCGGAAGAUGUGCAACGGAAGAUUGGUAUAGAAUGCAACGUGAUCGUUUCUUUGAGAAAUUCUUGAUUCGAAGGAAAAAUCGAGAAAAUGGACGAGGUGGAAAAAUUGGAACACCUAUCAUUGGUUUCGAAGAUCUGCACCGAGUUGGAGAAUCACCUGGGGUUAAACGAUAAGGACUUGGCGGAAUACAUAAUACAUCUUGCCGAGAAGAACAACGUCUUUGAAUCGUUUAAAAAUGUGUUAAUCGAAAAUGGAGCAGAAUUCUCGGACUCCUUCAUUGGAAAUUUACUUAGGAUCAUUCAACACAUGAAACCAAUUAAAAUUCCCCCUGAUAAGUCUAAAGUAUCAAAUACGAAGCAAGAUGAUCUAGCACGGAUGUUUCCAGCUUUGGCUAUGCCAGACGAACGACCAAAAUUAUUGUCAAUGGAGGAAGAGAACGACGAAGAGGUUGUUCGCGAAGCUACGCUGUCAUUGGAAGCGCUGGCACCAUCCAAUGAAAAAAAUAAGAUGGUAUUGAAAAAAGAAAAUAAGUCUAAAGUUACAGCAUCCGAUGAUAGCGGCGAGAAAAGAGACAAAGGUAAAGAUAAAAAUAAAAGACACGAGUCCAGGGAAAGGAAAGCUCGAUCUAGGUCACCGAGUCGCAAGGACAAAAGACAUAGGUCGCGUUCGAGAGACAGAAAUCGCGAUGGAAAGCGUCGCAGCUCCAAAGAUCGCAGGAGGUCCAGGUCUAAAGAGAAAAGAAAAAGAUCAAGGUCUCGUGAUCGCAAAGAUUCAAAACGUAGCAGGAAACACGAAGCGGAACGAUCGAGGUCGAAAUCUGCGGAGGAACUCUCCGUUGACCCUGAAGUUGGAAAAAUUUAUUCGGGUAAGGUAGCAAAUGUCGUUCCAUUCGGUUGUUUCGUACAACUGGAAGGUUUAAGGCGCAGAUGGGAAGGACUGGUCCACGUAUCUCAAUUGCGAAGAGAAGGACGCGUUGCUAGCGCAAGCGACGUUGUCUCCAGAGGACAGAAAGUCCUUGUCAAAGUUCUUAACGUCGGAGGUCAGAAGGUAUCGCUGAGUAUGAAGGAUGUCGAUCAAGAAACCGGUCGAGAUUUGAAUCCCGUUGCAAAUGUAACAAAGGCCGAAGAAGAUGAGAAGCACCUUCGAAACCCCGACAGACCGACGUCGUUAUUAGAAUUGAGAGGUAAUGUCGACGAGGACGAGACCUGCUCUAGGAAACGUGUACAGAGGUUAUCAUCGCCGGAAAAGUGGGAAAUAAAACAAAUGCUAGCGGCUUCCUGUAUCGACAGAAGCGAAUUGCCAGAGUUCGACACGGAAACCGGGAUUUUACCGCGAGAAGACGACGAGGAGGAGGACGUGGAGAUCGAGCUGGUGGAAGAAGAGCCUCCGUUCCUACAUGGACAUGGCAGAGCACUCGGCGAUUUGAGUCCUGUCAGAAUCGUAAAAAAUCCGGACGGAUCGCUGGCUCAAGCAGCGAUGAUGCAGAGCGCUCUGGCCAAGGAACGAAGAGAACAGAAGAUGUUACAACGAGAGCAAGAAAUGGACUCCGUACCCACUGGUCUCAACAAGAAUUGGAUCGAUCCCCUCCCAGAAGCCGAGAGUCGCACAUUGGCUGCCAACAUGCGCGGGAUAGGUUUGCAGGCCCAAGACCUUCCGGAGUGGAAGAAGCACGUCAUCGGAGGGAAGAAAUCCUCCUUUGGCAAGAAGACCAACCUGACCCUCCUGGAGCAGAGACAGACCUUGCCAAUUUAUAAACUGAGGGAUGAUUUGGUGAAAGCGGUGACCGACAACCAGAUCCUCAUCGUCAUCGGGGAAACCGGCUCCGGAAAGACAACGCAAAUCACGCAGUACCUCGCCGAAGCAGGCUUUACCGCUCGUGGUAAGAUCGGUUGCACACAGCCGAGGAGAGUUUCAACGAUGUCCGUCGCCAAAAGAGUCGCCGAGGAGUUCGGUUGCAGGCUGGGCCAGGAAGUGGGUUAUACGAUUCGAUUCGAGGAUUGCACCGGUCCGGAGACGUCCAUCAAGUACAUGACCGACGGUAUGCUGCUCCGAGAGUGUCUGAUGGAUCUAGACUUGAAGAGCUACUCCGUUAUCAUGCUGGACGAGGCUCACGAGAGGACCAUCCACACCGACGUGCUCUUUGGCCUCCUGAAACAGGCCGUGGGCAGGAGACCCGGCCUGAAGCUGAUCGUGACCAGCGCCACUUUGGAUGCCGUCAAGUUCUCCCAGUACUUUUUCGAGGCGCCGAUUUUCACAAUACCUGGCAGGACAUUCGAAGUCGAGGUGAUGUACACCAAGGAACCGGAGACCGAUUACUUGGACGCAGCUCUGAUCACCGUUAUGCAGAUCCAUCUGCGCGAGCCUCCGGGUGACAUCCUUCUGUUCUUGACCGGUCAGGAAGAGAUCGACACCGCGUGCGAGAUUCUGUACGAGCGGAUGAAGUCCCUGGGUCCGGACGUCCCAGAGCUAAUUAUUCUCCCGAUUUACUCGGCCCUGCCCUCGGAGAUGCAGACGCGCAUCUUCGAGCCCGCUCCCCCCGGCUCGCGAAAGGUCGUGAUCGCGACCAACAUCGCCGAAACGAGCUUGACGAUCGACGGGAUCUAUUACGUGGUAGACCCGGGUUUCGUCAAGCAGAAGGUCUACAAUUCGAAGACCGGCAUGGACAGUUUGAUCGUCACGCCGAUCAGCCAGGCUGCCGCGAAGCAAAGGGCCGGAAGAGCGGGUCGCACGGGACCGGGGAAGUGUUACCGGCUCUACACCGAGAGGGCUUACAGGGACGAGAUGCUGCCCACCCCCGUACCCGAGAUCCAGAGGACCAACCUGGCCACCACCGUGCUGCAGCUUAAGACGAUGGGCAUCAACGACCUGCUGCACUUCGACUUCAUGGACGCGCCCCCCGUGGAGUCGUUGAUCAUGGCUUUGGAAUCGUUGCACAGCCUGAGCGCCCUGGACAACGAGGGUCUGCUCACUCGGCUCGGCAGGAGGAUGGCGGAGUUCCCUCUGGAGCCGAAUCUCUCCAAGAUGCUCAUCAUGAGCGUCCACCUGCAGUGCUCCGACGAGAUCCUGACCAUCGUCAGCAUGCUUUCCGUGCAGAACGUUUUCUAUAGGCCGAAAGACAAGCAGGCCCUGGCAGAUCAGAAGAAGGCCAAGUUCAACCAGGCCGAGGGGGAUCAUUUGACUCUCCUGGCAGUUUACAACUCCUGGAGGAACAACAAGUUCAGUAAUGCCUGGUGUUACGAGAACUUUGUACAGAUCCGGACCCUGAAGAGAGCGCAGGACGUGCGCAAGCAGCUCCUCGGCAUCAUGGACCGACACAAGCUAGACGUGGUGUCCGCUGGCAAGAAUACCGUCAGAAUUCAGAAGGCGGUGUGUUCGGGCUUCUUCAGGAAUGCUGCGAAAAAAGAUCCCCAGGAAGGCUAUCGGACCCUGGUGGACAGUCAAGUGGUCUACAUACAUCCUAGCAGUGCUCUCUUCAACAGACAACCCGAAUGGGUGAUUUAUCACGAAUUGAUUCAAACUACGAAGGAGUAUAUGCGAGAGGUGACGACCAUCGAUCCGAAAUGGCUGGUGGAAUUCGCUCCGGCCUUCUUCAAGUUUAGCGACCCCACGAAGCUUAGCAAGUUCAAGAAGAAUCAACGACUCGAACCGCUCUAUAACAAAUACGAAGAGCCGAAUGCCUGGCGUAUCUCCAGGGUCCGUAGGAGGCGGAAUUGAAUCGAAAUUGAGGUCAGUAACCUUGGUACGUAUCGUGGGUCCUUGGAGUGCGGUAGCAGACACGUCUGUACAUAUUGCGUAAUUUUAAUAAAUAACGCGUAAGGUCUGA